GUCACUCUCAAAAUUUACACUUGCCCCUUUGAUAAUAAGAUUGUUUGUAUUUGAGUUGAAGUUUUAAAGAAAUUUAAAGAAUUGUAGCAAUGGCAACUCAUCAAACAUUCUUGUUAUCAUCCCUUGUGAUGUGCUUGCUCAGUUUACAGCUGAAUGUCAUCUCAGGCUCAGCUGAUGAUGACGGUGGAUGGCAGUCAGGUCACGCCACCUUCUACGGUGGUAGUGAUGCAUCUGGCACUAUGGGAGGGGCAUGUGGAUAUGGGAAACUGGAUAGCCAAGGAUAUGGAACGAACACAGCAGCAUUAAGCACAGCACUGUUCAAUGAUGGGUUAGGGUGCGGUUCUUGCUAUGAAUUGCAAUGCAGUAACGAUCCACAGUGGUGCUUACCCGGUUCGAUUACGGUGACUGCUACAAACUUUUGCCCACCAAAUCCUGCUCAGUCUAACGACAAUGGUGGAUGGUGCAAUACUCCUCUCGAGCAUUUUGAUUUGGCUCAGCCUGCUUUUCUUAAAAUUGCUCAAUACAAAGCUGGGAUUGUGCCUGUUUCUUAUAGAAGGGUGCCAUGUGUGAAAAAGGGAGGAAUGAGAUUUAGCAUCAACGGCCAUUCUUACUUCAACUUGGUGUUGGUCACCAAUGUUGGAGGUGCAGGCGAUGUUAAAUCAGUUUCAAUCAAAGGCUCUAAAACUGAUUGGCAGCCCAUGUCCAGAAAUUGGGGCCAAAACUGGCAGAGUGAUUCUUUUCUUGAUGGCCAGAGUUUGUCUUUUCAAGUCACAGCCAGUGAUGGUCAAACUGUCACAAGCUCUAACGUGGUGCCCUCUAAUUGGCAGUUUGGUCAAACCUUUGAAGGUGGCCAAUUCUAAUUUUUUUUUUUAACGGACGAUUACAUAAAUUAUUCAGGCUGAAAAGAGGCGAAGAAGUGAAGAAGUUCCACAGGCAAUAAAAGAAAGAAAAUUAAUAUUUAUAUUUAUGGUUGAGUGAGUCCUUGAAGAAGUGACUAUAUAGAGGCUCAGGUGGCUAAUUAAUAGUUUUUAUAUUUUCCACAUGUAAUUGUCAAGAGAAAAGGAGCAAAUAUGCCCCUAUCAUAUGUAGUAGAGCAUAACUUAGCCUUUAAUGAACUUUUAAUUUCAAUUAACAUGAUGUUUUAAAAUUGGUUUAAUCCCUUUGGAUAAGCCCUCUAUUGUAGUGUUGUUAAUAAAUAAAAAUGCCCCGUUAGACAUUGCUCGCGUGUAAA